UCUCACGGAGUGUAAAAAGACAGCCUGACAAACCCCAUUCUCCGCCGCUUGUGACAUUUAAUAAAAUUAAAGUCUAGCAAAAGAGGAUAUACCUGCAUUGCUGGCCAACCACAGGCUUCAUCUGGCCAAAGACUGGAAAGUUAAUUGACGUUAUAAAGCAGACAGAUGAAGGAAUCCCUGGGCUGCGCCCACCUAACCGCUGAAGGAGUGGUCGGAUGGUGUCUUGGCCACAGACUUGCCACUGAGGCAAAACACUUGUGACAGCUAGGGGGGAUCCUGUGGACUUCCAAGAGUGACGAAUGUAGAGACACCCCUGAAGGUGACAGCACUGAAUUAGCACAAAUCUGAGGCGCGCCCAAGGCUGUUGGGGGGCAACGCAGGAACGCUAUUCUCCCAGAGGGGUUGCUGCAGUUUGGCACAGCACACUGUAAUAUCAUCAAAGCCAUCCAGGAAGAAUACUGUGGGAGCUGAAAGUUUAACAGCACUGACUGCUUUGAAGUUUUACAAAUGUAUUUUGUGAUCUGUUGAUGCUGCAGGGUGACAACUAUUAAGUGAGCUGCAACCUAACGGGACAAUCACCUCCUGUCUAUAAACUGUGCACCGAUGAGGAGCUCCUGAAGGAUACGGGGAGCAAACACACCACACUCUGUGACCCUAACUACUCCACAUACCCUAGUAAACCUACUCGGGGAGACAAAAAAGACAAGGUGCAAUUGCAGGCAAAAAUUAAAGGGCACCGUAAACUUGUCACCGGCUCUCCAAUUUGCCACGCACUUUUGACUGCUCACUUUUAAUCGCUGGGGCCUGUUACUUAAGUUUCCCUUCCUCAUAGAGCUCAAACUAGCUGCAAAGGAUCUGACUGUAGAAGGCAGCCGGUCCGGAGCUGCAAUAGCCUGAACUGAGCGAUCAGAAAAUUAUCGGCAAACACUGACUUGCCAGAUAGGCAGAAGACAGGCGUGGGCCUCCAGGUUUGCCAUAAUUGUACCUAGUAGGAAGUGAGCAGGAUCAAAGAUUUGGGUAUCACAAUUUCAGGGAGUGAGACACCAGACGUCAGGACCAGCAGCAGCAGAAGCCUUGCACCGCUUAGAAGCCCCCUUCCCUCUCUUCUCCCUGCUCUUUAGAACGGAAAUUCGGGCUGGGCUCGCCCUCUGUAGGCUCAGCCCUGCCACCCACCCACCCUCUCACCCUGCAGCUCUACAGCCCCAUUCCCGAGUUGGACUGCUCUAACCCAGCUGUUGUGAUGCGUUUUCCCGUAGAUCAGCAGACGAGCAGGCGGUUCACCCCUCCGUCCACCACCUUCUCCUGCGCCAAGAUGGGCGAAAGCAGCAGCGGGACUUUGGGCAGCCCUCCUGGAACGACAGGUACCAGUAGGCAGCGGACGGACACUAGCCGCUCAGUCGUGGAAGUGCUGGCAGAUCACGCUGGAGAACUGGUGCGCACAGACAGCCCCAACUUCUUAUGUUCCGUUCUACCUUCCCACUGGAGAUGUAAUAAGACCCUGCCAGUGGCCUUUAAGGUGGUGGCCUUGGGCGAUGUCCCCGACGGGACCCUGGUCACAGUGAUGGCGGGAAACGAUGAGAAUUACUCAGCAGAGCUGCGCAACGCUUCAGCGGUCAUGAAAAACCAAGUGGCCCGUUUCAACGACCUCCGGUUUGUGGGCAGGAGUGGAAGAGGUAAAAGUUUUACAUUGACAAUCACCGUGUUCACAAGUCCUCCACAAGUUGCAACUUAUCACAGAGCAAUUAAAGUCACAGUUGAUGGUCCGAGAGAGCCAAGAAGGCACAGGCAAAAGUUGGAAGAACAAACAAAACCAUUGUACAAGGACCACAUUGCUGAUUAUGAUCGAUUCCGUCAAACAGCGAUGAGGGUUGGAACAGCUACACCAAACCCUAGGGCAGCACUUACAAAUCCAAAUCCAUUUGGUUCCCAGCCCUCAGCACAGAUGCAAGGGACAGCAGAACUUGCAACGUUUGCAGACCCUCGGCAGUUUGAUCGCCCCUUUUCGACAUUAUCGUCUCUGACUGAUUCACGUUUUUCUGAUCCACGAAUGCAUUAUCCUGCUGCAUUCCCUUAUUCACCAACUCCAGCUACAACAGGAAUUGGUGGAAUUAGUAUGUCGGGCAUGCCUACCACAACUAGAUACCACACUUAUCUUCCUCCACCAUAUCCUGGGUCAAGUCAAAACCAAAGUGGACCAUUUCAGACAAAUGCCUCACCAUACCACCUCUACUAUGGUACAACUCCUGGAUCAUACCAGUUCUCCAUGGUUGCAGGAGGUGAACGCUCACCAACAAGAAUGCUUUCAUCUUGCACAAGUGCAGCAGGGAGUAACCUUCUGAACCCCAGCCUAACCAAUCAGAAUGAUGUUGUAGAUGCAGAUGGAAGUCACAGCAACUCACCUACAUCAAUGACAACCACAGGGAGAAUAGAUGAAUCAGUAUGGAGGCCAUACUAGACAAGCACAUACCUUAAUAUUCUGGCAGUAUUUUAAAAGGCUGGAUUUGUAAACAAACGGAUAGCUUGAUAUUAUGGCAGUAAUUGAAAACAUUGGAUUUAUCUUUUUUUUCUGUAAUAGAAGUUUUAUAAGUGGCAUUAAGUCACAGGACCAAAGAAGUUACUAUGACUUUGAAGACCAGAACAGCCUCAGAUUAAAAUUCUUAAGAUAAAUUCCAAAGAACAAGAAGAAACUGAAAGCUUCUGCUUAUAAAUAAAACAGCAUUUUAAGUAUUUUACUUAAAUAUGCAUUUUUUUCUUAUGAUUGUAAUUACAAAAUACAUACAGAUUCAGAUGUGUUGUUUAAACACAUUUAAAUACAAAACAUGAUCAGUGUAAUAUAAUUUUUAAAGAGAAAUAUUCAUGUAGAAGAGUAUUGUAGCAGUCUAUAAUGUCCAAGAAUAUGAAGGGACAUUAGUGAAUAAAAUAUUGGCCACUAAGAGGCAUGUAGUCAUAGAAAUACUAAUAUAAAUAUUUUAUUUCUUUCUUGACAAAAUAUUUGCAAGACACAGUUAUCAAUUUGAGAAUUUUAAUACCACUCAUUUAAAAGUUAGAAGAAAAAUAUAACUUCUUCAGUUUGUGAAUAAAGAAACCAAAGUAUAAUUCAUUGCUAUACAGAAUGUUUAAUGAUGUUUCACUUCAUGCAUUUAUUUUUAAAUACUAAUGUUACUUUAAAGUCUCCCAUAGCCAAUUUUAAUGGAUUAUCACUUUAAAGAGCAUUGCAAGGCAAAUGUUAUUGACUAUUGUUGCCUACUUUAAUAUUAGUUUUCUGUAAAUUAUAUUUUAAUUAUGAGAGAACAAUUUUUACUCAAUGAACUUUUUACCUGGUUGUAGCAUUUUUGCGAUUGAAAAAUGUCUAUGCAAAUACAUAAGAGAAAAUAUUCUUUAAGUAUUUAUAUUUAUUGAACUUUGAAUUUGGUACAGUAAGAUACUGGAGUAUUAAAACAAAUCUUUCACAUCUUUAGAAAAAAAAUUCCCAAGUCUAAAUAAGAUUGUACAUUUUAUUAUAUGGACUAUAAUAAGUCCUACUUGGAAAGACGCACAUGUCAUUUUAUUUAAACUAUUAAUUAUCAUCACAUGGAUAUGCACAUGUACUGAUAUGCAUAUCUCUUUGAUAUCGUUGGAUAAAUUAGAACAAAGCUGUCUAAUAUCACUGAGAAAUCAUAACAAAGGGACAACAUGUCUGCUUAAAUGUUUCUUGUACUUUUUCUGUAGUUUUCAAGUUUUAGCAUCAGAAUUAUAAAUGCUGAAACCACAAGGAGUUAUAUGAUUUUUAUAACAGUGAAACAUAAUGAAUGUUCAUUAUGUGCACUUGCUGUUUGUAUUAUUUAUGAUGUUUUUUAUGCAAAUUGAUUUAGGUAUUGCCAAAAUCAUUUGCUUUGCACUGUUUACUUUUUAAGCAUUGUGUCUUGUAUAGUUUCUAUUUGCCUAUUUUUUUUAUUUAACCUGUAAAUAUUUUCCCUUGAUGCCAAAAUGCUUAACUUAAUGAAGUCUUUUUUAUGCUGUAUGUGUAUCAGAAAUACAUAGAGGAAAGCAUUCAUAUUAUGCCUUGUGGUACUUUUUGCUAUGCAGGUGAUUGCUUCACAGAAACAAAGGAAAACAUAAUAUAAAUAGGAUACGUGGCACUAUGGCUUCUUAGAUGUUAUGAAUAUAUCUGAUAUGCAAAUAAUCCAAUAUCACUGAGGUAUUCCUAAUCUCAAAUGCCAUUAAAUUUUGCUUAUUAACAGGAUCAAAUUAUGUCUCUGAAAGAAGGCUUUCUGACUAUUUCUAUUUGUUUUAAAGCUACCAUCUGUUUGGAGCAGCACUAAGAGAUAUAUAGGCAACAUUAUAAUGAUCCACAUUCCAAAAGAACUUGGUAAGGAUUAACAUGUUACAUUUAGCAGCAUUCCCAUGACUGAGUCCAAAACCUAGGACUGCGUUAGUACCCGUCAGCAUUUGUUAAUGGGGACUGGAAAGCCAUAUACCUCAUUCCAAAAGGGGAACUGAGACUGCAAAAAAAACACUUUGGGGAUCUAUAGUGAUAUUUACUGCCAAAGUACAGCCUUCAAGGAAUGGAGUAACCUAUUGUCUAUGGCCUUUUUGAUCAAUUCGCUGGCUCCACCUAAAUGAGGGGCUCUGUUCUGCAGGCCAUACCUGAUACAGGUGGAGCUGCUGUGCAAGACAGUCUAAUGACAAUGCAGCAUCAUAUGUAUAGAAGCUGCCUGAAAUACCAGAGCUGCGAUCCAGGUAGAGCUGUGGCAUCAGGCAAUAUCAUCUGGAAACCUUUGGAUAAGACUUCACGAUGCUAAGAGUGAGUAUUACUACCAAAGAAUUUUUCAGAAUCUCAUUACCUGCUCCUAGCAUAACAGCGCUCCUCACCACUUAAUACCUUGGCAUGAUGAGGUGUACUCACACCCCUUGAAUAAUGUCAUUCUUAGGGUGAGGAAGAAUUUCAGGUUUUGAUAUAGCAAGGCAGGACAUCAGAGGUUGUCUACUAUGCUACCCUGAACCUUUUGGAAUCUGUCCCUUGUGUUCCAUAUAUUUUCUGCAUUUUAAGUUUUUUUUGUAACCAAAAAAAAAAAUU